AUGUCGCCUGCCGCCACCGCCUCUGCGUCCCAAUCGCCCCGGUCAAUCGUCAUCGUCGGCGGCGGCAUCGUCGGCGCGUCAAUCGCCUACUACCUCUCCCGCGCCACAGCAGCAGCGGCAGCAACAGCAGCCGCGGCCGCAUCUAGACCCCGCAUCACCCUGGUCGAGGCAUCGGCCGCUCCCGCCCCAGGCGCCUCUGGCAAGGCCGGCGGCUUCCUCGCGCUCGACUGGCACGGCGCCGCUACUGCCAGCUUGGCAGCGCUCAGCUUCAAGCUGCACCGCCAGCUCGCGGAUCAGGACAACGGCGCGGAAAAGUGGGGCUACCGAGAGGUCGAGACGUGGCAGGUCAACGUCGACUCGUCGCUCAAGGAGCGCAACGCCAAAAGGACAAAGGGCUCGCCCAUUCAGUGGCUGGACCAGGACAUUGUCAAGUCGACGCAAAACAUGGGAGGCAGCGGGACCACUGCCCAGGUCACGCCGCGCAAGCUGACGCAGCACCUGGUCGACGAGGCGCAGGACGCGGGCGUCGAGACCUUCUUUAGCACCCGCGCCACCGGGCUCGAGUUUGACGACGCGGGCAAGGUCACCGGCGUCAGGGUGGCGGCGACCCAGGGUGGCAACGAGCGGACCCUCGAGGCGACCGAUCUGGUGCUGGCAGCGGGGCCUUGGACGGGCAGCCUGGUGACAAGCCUCUUCCCGCGCAAGCUGAUGCCUUCGCACCUCAAAGGGGCCGCCUCGAUCGAUGGCUCGCGCGCCCACAGCGUCAUCCUCGAGUCGCCGCCGGCCCAUCCGCUCUCUGCCGAUUGCCUCUUCACGGAAAUGGCCUACGGUGCUGGCGGCCGCAGCGCCGGUGCGCCCGAGCUGUACUGCCGGCCCGACGGCACCGCCUACGUCUGCGGCGGCUCCGACGACGUCCCGCUGCCCGACCUGGCCGACGAUGUCGGCUUCGACGCCAAGAAGGUGGAUGCACUCAUCGAGCAGAGCCGCAUCCUGUCGCCCUCAUCGCUCGACGUCGACAAGGGCGCCAAGGUGGUGGCGAGGCAGGCGUGCUACCUGCCCAUCAGCAACCGUACGGGCAAUCCGAUUGUCGGUGGCAAGGACGGCGUCUACGUGGCGGCGGGCCACAGCUGCUGGGGCAUCACCAACUCGCUGGGCACGGGCAAGGUGCUCGCCGAGCUGCUGCUGGACGGCAAGGCGACCAGCGCCGACAUCCGCAGCCUGAUGCCGCAGUAG